CGGAAAUGAACACUAUUUUUAUAACUGUGCAUGGCUAGUAUCUAUCCAAUCUCGUUAAAACCCUAUCAUGACUUUCACUAUAUUUCACUUGGCUGUGUUUUACUCAAUUGCUAUACAUGUAUAGGAAAAUACAUGAUAGGUGCGGAAACGUACGUGAAUGUGAGGUGUUAUGAGUCUGCAACCAAAGAUGGCGACUAAAUUGUUAAAAUGCCGUGAUAGUAUGAAUCUUUUAUUCUUAAAAUAAGUUGAGUGAAUAAUCCUAUUCAAUAAUAACAUAAGUUCGCAUUCAAGAUAAUUGGAACCAAAAAGGGUUAUGGAAGAAUCGGAUGAGUACAAAGUUGCUUGUGGGAUGUUCAAGGUUUUAGAACCUUUUUGUCCAAAAUAAGUUGUUGUUUGUGGUAUCAUUAGAUAUGAGUUUUCAAUUUUAUGACAAUAAAUGCGUUACACUAGUCUUCAUGAUCAGAACAAAUUAGUUUAAUUUUACAUUCGCCUGGAGCAAAAAUAUACGCACAUUUUGAGACUUGGUUUGACUUGGUUUGUGUUACGGUACUAUACGAGUAAGUGAUAUUUUCCAUUCAUUUAUUUAAUAAUUGCAAGAAUCAGUAAAGACUUGAUUUUUCUUGCCACAAAAUGUAAGAAUUGGUCUUUUUCAGCAAACAAGGUAACGUAUUAGUGAUUUAUCAUUUUUAUUUUUCUAUAAAUCUAUAGUAAGAGACUUCAUUUAUUGUAAAAUCAAGGGGUAACAUAGAUUACAUGCAAUACCUCCUUAAAGCCCCCGUGACUACAAAUAGCAAGACGUACACUAAGUAAAAUAUUGGUUUUCACUGGGAAAGGGUCAUUAUUUUGCUCCACAGCAGUAUGUUUAACCAUCUCAAGAUCAUAGCUAUUAAUAUAUAUACACGAUAGCGCCGCGGAGCCAACGCUAGCGCUUGUUUGUUCCUUUAAGUCGAGAAAGGGGCGAAGUUCUUUCUUUUCAUGAAUGUAAGAGGUAUUGGUCUUGUUUCAUAUAAGUUCAUUCUUACUGGUCAAUGUGUACACAGUUUAUAUUGAACGGUUAUUAAGUUAUUGCAAGGUUAAAGGUUUUACAUGACUUCUUGACUUCUACUUGACAAUCGAUAAAGUAGAGUUAUGGGCCUUGCUAUGCAUGCGCGCGUCUUCUCUGGCAACAUCUAAACUUAGAUUCAGUUGAAUAUCUUGAACAAUUAUGAUUGACGGCUAAGGUUUAAGUUUGUUUUACAUCGACGCCGACAUCGACAUCGACAUCGACGUGGACAAUGACGCGGACAUCGACGCCUACACCGUCACCGACGCCGACGCCGACGCCGAAACUGACACCGAUAUCGACGUUUGCACCGAAACAGACGCCUGCACAGACGCCUACACCGAUGCCUACACCGACACCAACGCCGACACCGAUACCGACGCCGACGCCUACACCGACGCUUACACCAACACCGACGCCGACACCGAAACUUACACCUACACCGAAACCGACGCCUACACCAAGGCUAUCACCGACGCCGACGUCGACACCGACACCAAGGCUAUCAUCGACACCUACGCCUACACCGACGCUUACGCCGACAACGACACCUACACCUACAUCGACACCUACACCGAAACCGACGCCUACACCAAGGAAAUCACCGACAUCGACACCUACGCCUACACCGACGCCGACACCUACACCUACACCUACGCCGACACCGACAUCGACACAUUCGCCGACACCUACACCUACCCCGACGCCGACACCGACGCCGAAACCGACGCCGACGCCGACACCUACACCGACAACUACGCCGACACCGACACUUACACCGACACCUACACUUACACCGACACCGACCCCGACACUUACACCAACACCGACGCCGAAACCGACGCCGACGCCUCCACCGACGCCUACACCGACACCGACGCCGACAUCGACGCCGACACCGACACCGACGCCUAGACCAAGGCUAUCACCGACGCCUACGCCGACGCCAACAACGACACUUACACCAAGGCUUUCACCGACGCCGACACCGACACCGACGCCUAGACUAAGGUUAUCACCGACACCGACGCCGACGCCUACACCGACACAGACACCAAGGCUAUCACCUACACCGACACCGAAACCGACGCCUAGACCAAGGCUAUCACCGACACCGACGCCGACGCCGAGGCCUACACCGACACCUUCACCGACGCCUACACCAAGGCUAUCACCGACGCCGACGCCAACAACGACACCUACGCCUACACCAAGGCUAUCACCGACACCGACGCCGACACCUACGCCGACGCCUACACCAAGGCUAUCACCGACGCCGACGCCAACAACGACACCUACGCCUACACCAAGGCUAUCACCGACACCGACGCCGACACCUACGCCGACGCCUACACCAAGGCUAUCACCGACACCGACGCCUACACCGACACCUACACCGACGCCUACACCAAGGCUAUCACCGACACCGACGCCGACACCGACACCGACACCAAGGCUAUCACAGUAACUCGGAAACAGACGAGCUAAAAUGCAACGUUUUGUCAAAAUUUCCCAAAUAAAUACGAUAUAAAAAAAUAUAUACAGUGUUGUGUGUUAUUUCCAUUUCAUUUACUAUGGGCCGAGUUAUUUUCAAGUAAGCAUAUUCCCCAAGUUACAGUCCGAACUAGCGAAACUAGAUCGAUCUCAACGAAACUGCACAUAUAGUGCCCCAUUCGGUUGCAUUUCCUAAAACUCGAACAAGAUAACAUACCGUGUGCAUCGGAUUUCAUAUUUCAGUAACUAGCAAUCUUUCAAAAAAGGACAUAAUUUGGGAUACACAUAAAUGGUUUUAACUUGGAUAUUCAUAUUUCAUUUUCUAAAUAUUUCAAAUGUCGUCGCGUGAUGUUUGAUAUUUCUGAUCACAGUGACAAAACUUGCGAUGUUAUGGAAUG